AUGUCCGAGAACAUUACAACGAAGAGUAGGACUUGGCUUUAUCCAAGAUUUGUGCAAAUGUUGAUAGAUCACGCUUAUUCUGAUAUUGAAAGAGAUGUAAACAAUGAUUUGUUGGUAUUAUCUCACAUGAGCAAUGAUUCUCUGAAGCAGCUAGCUAGAUAUCAUCUGAAUCAUCCUGAACCGAAGAAGAUAGCUGAAUUUUUCGGAUUCAUCAAGGAUGCGAACUAUGUUGAUCCAGAUCCAGUGAAUCACCAAAACUGGAGGAAUGAAGAGGAGAUGAAAGAAGCUGCGUAUGCUGAUGAGUUAAAAGCUCUUGAGGAAUUCAAAAGUACACGAAAUGAUUGGUUUGUGAAAGAACCGAGGAAGAGAAGCAAGAAAGCUACUCCCAAAGCACAAAAGGGAGAGGAUCACUUGGAAAAACUGGAGGAGAGACGAGCUGCAAAAGAGCAAAAGCAAAUGAAGAUAGACAGUGUAACUGAAGCAGAAAAGGUGAUUGAAGUUGAGAAAAUCAUCGAAGUUGACAAGAUUGUGGAAGUCAUCAAGCCAUGCUCAAAGUGUCUUGAAUCUUGCAUAGAUUGUGCAGCUAAAGAUGAAAAGCUGGCUGAGCUUGAAAAGAUGAAAGAUCAAUUACUGUUCAAUCUCAACUAUGUGAAGGAGUCUUAUGACGUUUUGAACAGAACUAAAGUUGCAAAGACUUUACUUAUUGAUGAACCUGAUGUGGAAGAACCAGUACCAGAAGCUGAGGUUGAAGUUGAACAUGAUGUUGAAGCUGAAGCUGAGACUGAAGCUGAAGCUAAUAUUGAAGUUGAUGUUCGUUUAUCGCCUAAUUCUCAGAGUUUGCUGAAGAAACUUAAGGCAUUUGAUGCUCAGAAAGAUAAAGCAGCUGUUGAUGCUCAGAAAGGAAAAGCUGCUGAUGAUAUAGAAGGUGAUGACGUGAACAAAAGUACAACAAGUUCUUCUAGUUCUUCUGAAGAUGAAAUAGAUGAGGUAGAACGUGAAAAGAGAAUUCAAGAAGAGAUUGCAAAAGAAAGGCAGUUAAGAAAGAGAAAAAGACAGGAGAAGGAUGAUGAUGCAUAUAUUCCAUCUCCUGAACAUGUAUCUGAAUCUCAAUCAACUCCUUCAGGUGGAAGGAAGAAUGGUGCUAGAAAAAGGAUUGUUUCUCCAAAGAUAAAGAAAGUUACUCAAAAGAUCAAGAAACCAACAAAGAUUGUUCUAAAGAAGAAACCUUCCCAAGAAUCAAGUAAACCACCAUCACCACCACCUGAACCAAUACCACAUCAAUCACCUAUACACUCAACCCCAAACACCGACACCGUCACAACCAAACCACCUCCGGUCCCUUAUUCUGGUUGUUUACUUCGGCAAAAGACCGACGAAAAAUUUACUAAGUUUGUGAGCUUGCUUAAAUAA